CUCCUUGGCAUGCUUCCCGCUCCACGCAAUACCAACAAUUCGUCAUUCCAUACAGCGCCAGCCACUCUAUCGGUAUGAUCGACCUCAUAUCUUCCCGCUUUUGGGCGUCUCAGUGCCCCUUUCGGACCCCAAAACGGCCACGCCGACGCUACCAACAUACAAAUCCCGUCACAAAAUUUUUCCCAAGCUCCCGCUGCGAGGUUCCUGGCGCCUGGAGACCACUGGCGUGGGGUAUAUAAGGUGGGUGCCGUACUCCAGUGGGGCCCCACGGUACGCUUCGCUGCGAUCUACCUUCCCCGGCUUCUUUGCACCGCUCCCUCUCGCCGACGCUAACAAUGGGCCACGACGAGAAGUACAUCAGCGAGAAGAGCGAAGAGUCGCGCAUCGAGAGUCAGGAGGACCUCGAUAUCAGCGUUCGCCUCGCGAACCCUCUCCGCAUCUUCUCGAGGGACCAGCUUGUCGAACGCGCUACGAAGUUCGCGGGGCAAUGCGAACGCCCCGAUCUCGCGGACACCUUUGUGAAGGGCGCCUUGGUGGCGGCGCACCCUGGACUAUACGAGGAAGAGCAGAUGCUCACCGAAGAGGAUAAGGUGUGGCUUAGGAGGGAGACCACCCACAAGUGGUCGCAGCCCAAAACGCUGUACUACAUGGUCAUCUGCUGCUCGCUCGCAGCCGCCGUCCAGGGCAUGGAUCAGAGCGCCAUCAACGGUGCGAACCUGUUCUGGCCGACCGACUUCGGUAUUCCCCCUCAGACGAACGGCGACACCCGGAACGAAUGGCUCCAAGGCAUCGUCAACGCCAUGCCCUACUUCGCCUGCUCCCUCUUCGCCAACUGGUUCACCGACCCGCUCAACCGUUACUUCGGCCGUCGCGGCGCUAUCUUCAUCACCUGCGGUAUCGCCUGCAUCACCUGCAUCUGGUCUGCUCUCACUGACUCUUGGUGGCACUUGAUGAUUGCUCGCGCCUUCCUCGGUUUCGGUAUUGGCCCCAAGUCCGCUACGGUCCCUGUCUACGCCGCCGAGUGCACGCCCGCGUCCAUCCGAGGCGGCCUCGUCAUGCAGUGGCAGACCUGGACGGCCUUCGGUAUCAUGAUCGGCUACGUCGCAGACCUCGCCUUCUACUACGUCCCCGACCACGGCAUCCAGGGCCUCAACUGGCGCCUCAUGCUGGGCUCCGCGUGCAUCCCGCCCCUCAUCGUCAUGGCGCAGGUCUACUUCUGCCCCGAGUCCCCGCGCUGGUACAUGUCGAAGAAGCGCUACGCGGACGCCUUCCGCUCGAUGCAGCGCCUGCGCAACGCGGACAUCCUCGCCGCGCGCGACCUCUACCUCGCGCACGAGAUCCUGGAGGCGGAGCACGAGGUGUCGUCGAUGAUGAAGCGCAACAAGGUCGUCGAGAUGGUCACGGUGGCGCGCAACCGCAAGGGUAUGAUGGCGUCCGGCCUCGUCAUGUUCAUGCAGCAGUUCUGCGGCAUCAAUGUUAUCGCGUACUACUCGUCGUCUAUCUUCAAGGAGGCUGGUGCCACCGAGUUCGCUGCCCUCGGCGCGUCGCUCGGGUGGGGCGCUUGCAACUGGCUCUUCGCGUUCCCGGCUAUCGUCACGAUUGAUACUUUCGGUCGCCGUCAGCUCCUCCUCAUCGGCUUCCCGCUCAUGUCACUCGCCCUCUGGUUCACCGGCGCCAGCUUCAACAUUCCAGCAGGGUCGACUGCGCGUAUUGCCUGCGUUGCCUUGGGCACAUACCUCCACUGCAUCGCCUACUCGCCGUCCGAGGGUCCUGUCCCCUUCACCUACUCCGCCGAGUCCUUCCCGCUAUACAUUCGUGAGAUCGGCAUGUCCUGGGCCGUCUCCGUUUGUUGGUUCUUCAACGGCGUGCUCUCGCUCACGUGGCCGCCGCUUCUGCGCGCGUUCACGAGCCAGGGCGCCUUCUACUACUACGCCGCGUGGAACAUCUUCGGCUUUGUCACUGUGUUCUUCUUCUUGCCCGAGACGAAGGGCCUCACACUCGAGGAGCUCGACGCCGUGUUCAGUGUCUCGAGCAGGAAGCAUGCUGCUUACCAGUUCCGCAUGAUCCCCUACUACGUCCAGCGGUACUUCUUCGGCAACAAGACCAUCGAGAAGGAGCCUCUAUACCCCCACGAGAAGAUGUCCCUCGAGGAGCGGAUGGCGCGCGGCACCUUCGCGCCCGCCGCCGCCGGUCACUAAGCGCUGUCCACUCACCGGACUUGCUGCUCGUAGCCGCGGCCCGCGUGUACGGAUGGUCGAUGUCGAGGAACUGUCCACCGACGCUCGCCGCUUUGUGCUCGCAGCGCGCACUGUCCCGCCCAGCCUACGCUGCGGCGGUUGUACUUUUAUGAUGUUUUGCUUUAUUCCAGGAGUAUUUAUCGGCACACUCUGUUGAUGAUACGCAUACUAGUUUUCGAGCUGUACUUCGAUGCGCGCGUAGCGCAGUUGCUACUCGAAUGAUGAUCUUCAUGAUAACGCUUUC